UCUGCCUUCAGAAGUUGUGAAUGCUUCAACACUGGAAGUUUUUAAGACGAGACUGGACAUCCGUUUGUCUGAAAUAGUAUAGUAUAGGGUUUCAGUGGGCGAGGGCUGAUAUUUCUUUCUGGUGAACGUCAGGGGGUAAUAGGGUUUCUGAGAGUAGUAUAGAAAAAAGCAUGAAUAAACCCAAAUAAAGUGACAAAGUCAUCAAAGAGCCAUUUCCUGUUUGCAGCAGAGUGGUUUGAUAUUUCUGCCUUUUACAUGCUUCUGAGAGGAAAAGAUGAGAAUAAAAUCAGUGAGAUACCUGCAUGAUCUAAAGUGUGGAGUUAAACUGAUACCGCUGCAACUUUCUGUUCUGUUCUGUAUGAGGUCAAGAUGUCCAUUAUACCUUUUACCAACAUAAUCGCCUGGAUUGUUUUUACUGCGUUUCAUAUUAUUCAGGACACCAGUUCAGCAGGGCUGGCUUCCCUAUUCCUCACUUUCUAUGCCAAGACAGAGGACAAACAAGCAUUCAAGCUCCUUGGGAUGAUGUUGCCUCUCACCCCAUUCUGUUGCUUCUUUUGCUAUGACAAUGCUGAAAGCAUUUCAAAGCAACAGAGAUUCCUACACAAAACAGUGCACCAAAAUGCCCAGCUGGCCUGUGACUUUCCAGCUCACAGAGAAAUCAUUACAAAGUUAAAUGCCUACCUGCUGAAAGGAGUAGAAAAAGAGGAACUUUUUGAAGCAAAUUGGAACAAUUCCACAGUUUUAGUCAAGAAACAGAGUUUCUUGACUAAAGUAAGCCUGGACAUAAAUAUUACAAAAGAAGAAAAACAUGCUAUGUUUCACCUGAGCAACUUGCAGGUCAACCACACAGACAGUUACAUGUGCAAGAUUGAGGUGAUUGACCCACCACCAUAUGAAACCGAAAGCAGGAGCAAUUUAAUUUACGUGCAAGAACUUCCUCAGCACCAAGAAAAGCUUGUUUACGUGAACAUGCCAAUGGCUAUUCCACUUGGAUUUUUUGUUUUCUACAGUAUAAUAACCACAGCAGCCAUUUACUUCUGUUGGCUGAAAUGCAAGAAGAACAGGGUACUUCAGAACGACUAUUUCAACAUGACGCCCUGGCAAUCAAAUGGACCCAGGAAAAGGCCCCCUCAGCAUGGCAUUCCAACACGGAAUUACACUGCAUACCGUUAUUGGGAACCCUGAUGAAUAAUGCCUUCUCUACGAUGGAAAUAAGAACAGCCUAGCCAUUGCAAAAUGAGACUGUUUUCAAAGAGUUAUAUCUUGAUGUUCAUAGAUCUAUGAAGGACAAAAACUCUCUGUAAGUUAUGUUUCAAGUUAGAUAAGCAAGAGGUUAUUAGCAACAGUAGACUGGAAACAGAGGAAUGUGAGAUCACCCCCAGUUUUAAGCAAAUGAUGGUUCCAACUGCAUUUGUGAUCUUUCUACUUUGGCCUUAACAGAAGGUUUAGAAGGAUUAUAUCCAAACUCUGGCAAAGAGUGGAGGUAAAAUUCUGUCAUGUUUCACAUCACAGAGAAGAUGCUGAAUUUAGGGUUUAAACAUAAGCUUAAGAAAUAAGAAGCAUCCAGCUUGGUGGGACUGGGGCAGUAAAGAACUUUUUUUUUCCUGUUGUAAAACAAAUGGAUUAGCUGGAAAGGUUUGCAAUACACCAGAACAGCCCCAAUGAACAGAUAACUCUUUCUGUUAAAACAAUUAACCUGAAAAUCAUGUCUGGAAGACUUGAAGGAAUAGUAGAAAAUACUGCCAAUAUUUGCAGUGAUAUACAGUUUUCCACUGAUGCAUAAACAAGAUAUUGAUGAAGAAUUGGACAAAGUAAUGAAGGGAAAGUCCAAGUAAUAUAUCACUUAUCCAAAUAAUUCUAGUGUCCACUGUAAGAAGGGAGUAUUUUUCUUUCUUGAUAUCAGGUAUCAGUUCAAUACUAAAAUACUGGUAUGCACAUGGUUCUAUGAUUAUAGCCAAGAUUAAAAGCGUUCUUGCUUUGUUGGAUUCUACAGUAUUUCCUGUGUUAAUUAAAUGGCACAUAGGUUCAAACACAUCCUCAAUGCCUGGAUAGCUUUGUGUCAGUCUCAGCCUAAUCUAUUUUACAGAGAUGUUGUGGUAGGAAAGGUGUGCAAAACAUGUGUUUUUGCAUCCCUCUGAGCAGAUGGGGUCAUCAUCAGCAACCAUAGUUUGGUCAUUGAAGCAGAAAUGCCACACUGUUAAACAUUUAAUGUAUUACAGACAUAUGGGUGUCUAAGUCCCGCUUUCUGUUAUAAACCAAUAAUAAAAUACAUAACAUGA